AGAAAGACACACAUCAUCAUCGUUUCCGAUCCCCCGCCCCUCAUGGCCUCACCCUUCAAUCUCUAUGCUCAAAUUAACGCACCCUUUCAUAACUCCAUCAUCCACAUUACAUUCCUCACUUCUCAGAUCACCAUUCUCCCGGACAAGGAACAAACAAAAACAAACCCUAGAGUUUCUCUCUCUUUCUUUUAUUUAUUUGAUUUUAUUUCCGAUCUUGUCCCUUCACUGGAGCUGUUGAAACGCGGUCGUUUCGGGGCCAUCGCUGCUGAGUUUGAGAUUGGAAAUGGUGGGAGGAGGGAGCAGUAGGGAGGAGGCGCCGGUCAUAAACAGCUUCAACGUGUUCGCAGCGCUCGGAAGCCUCAAGAAGAAUAAGAAGCCUGAGAUUCUGAGAAGGAACAGGCUUCAUCCAAGGGGAGAGCCUCCUCGUCCUCUUCCACCGCCGCUUCCUCCGCCGCACAACAGCAGGAGAAAAAGGAGGUUUUCUGGGCCCCGGCGCCACUCACGUCGAAGUCAUGGGCUGACGUUGACGACGAGGAUGAUGACGACUACUACGCCAUCACCGCUCCACCUCAAUCCGUUUGGGGCGCUCCUGUUGCUGCUGCAGCUGAAUUCGAGGCCCAUGCUGAGCAGGAAAGCUAUAGUGAGAUAGAAGGCUUUGAUGAUGCUGAGGAUGAACAUGAAAAUGAUUUAGAAGCGCCAAUAGAACCUGAAACUGUUGUUAAGAAGCCUCGUGAGCCUUCGUUGUCUACCAAGGAAACUGAAGAGCAACUUUCAAAGAAGGAAUUGAAGAAAAAAGAGCUUGAGGAGCUUGAAGCUGUUUUAGCAGAGCUAGGAUUGCAAAAAGAACCCGGAAGCCAGGCUGACUCCCAUGCAGGAAAGCUAUAGUGAGAUAGAAGGCUUUGAUGAUGCUGAGGAUGAACAUGAAAAUGAUUUAGAAGCGCCAAUAGAACCUGAAACUGUUGUUAAGAAGCCUCGUGAGCCUUCGUUGUCUACCAAGGAAACUGAAGAGCAACUUUCAAAGAAGGAAUUGAAGAAAAAAGAGCUUGAGGAGCUUGAAGCUGUUUUAGCAGAGCUAGGAUUGCAAAAAGAACCCGGAAGCCAGGCUGACUCCCAUGGUGCUGAGAAGAAGGUCGAGGAUCGCAAUGGUGAGUUAGAAAAGAAGGAGAAUGCCACCAGUGAAAACAAAAAUGCAAGAAGAAGAAGAAGGACAAAUCUUCAAAGGAGCAGAAAAUUGCAAGACCUGCCUGAUUCUGUGGCUGAUGGAAAGACUACAGAAACUGCUGGAACGGGGAAGGCAGAGGAUGCACCUGUAACUGACGUGAAAGAGCGGCAUAAGAAAUUUGCAUCUGUGAAGAAGAAGAAAAAAUCAAGGAGAUGGAUGCUGCUGUUAGUGAGGCUGCUGCUAGGAGUGCAAGGCUUGCCGUGGCAAAGAGAAAAGAUAAGGCGACUCACUACAAUCAGCAGCCUGUGCGGUAAAUAG